GACGCGAACGACAACGCGCCCGUGUUCAGCCAGGCGGAGUACACGGUGCGUGUGCCCGAGGACGUGCCCGUGGGCUCCACCCUCGUCACUGUCGAGGCCAAGGACGCCGACGAAGGGCUGAACGGGCAGGUGAAAUACAGCUUCCAUAAAAUUUCAGACCGAACCUCAGAACUUUUUAAACUCGACAGUGAGACAGGAGAAAUAAUUAUUAAGAACAACUUAGAUUUCGAGGAAAUUUCCUCCCACGAACUUGAGGUGCAGGCACAUGACGGAGGAGAGCUCUCAGAUACUGCAAGAGUGGUGAUCUCCGUGACAGACGUCAAUGACAACGUGCCCAAGAUUUCGGUGAGGUCAGCUCUUAACGAGAUCUCGGAAGACGCCCCUGCGGACACUGUUGUGGCGUUGUUGCAUGUUCAGGACCGGGACUCGGGGAAGAAUGGAGAGGUUCGCUGCUCGCUCGGCAAGAACGUCCCGUUCCGUCUGGAGAAGUCCUUUGAUGACUACUAUCGCGUGGUGACAGCGAGAGAGCUGGACCGGGAGCAGGUGUCGGAGUACAACGUGACGGUGCGGGCGGCCGACGGCGGGUCGCCGUCGCUGCAGAGCAGCGCGGUGCUGGCGCUGCGGGUGCUGGACGUGAACGACAACGCGCCCGUGUUCAGCCAGGCGGAGUACACAGUGCGUGUGCCCGAGGACGUGCCUGUGGGCUCUGUCCUAGUCACUCUGAAGGCCACGGAUGCCGACGAGGGUCUGAACGGGCAGGUGAAAUACAGCUUCCAUAAAAUUUCAGACCGAGCCUCAGAACUUUUUAAUCUCGACUCUGAGACAGGAGAAAUAACUGUUAAGGAGGACUUGGAUUUCGAGGAAAUCUCCUCCCAUGAACUUAAGGUGCGGGCACAUGACGGAGGAGAGCUCUCUGACACUGCAGAAGUCAUGAUCACUGUGACCGAUAUCAAUGAUAACGUGCCCAAGAUUUCGGUAAGGUCGGCUCUUAACGAGAUCUCGGAGGACGCCCAGACGGGAACUGUGGUAGCUCUGCUGCACGUGAAGGACAGGGACUCGGGGGCCAAUGGUGAUGUCCGCUGCUCACUCGACGAGGGCGUCCCGUUUCGACUGGAGGAAUCUUUUGACGACUACUACCGUGUGGUGACAGCGAGAGAGCUGGACCGGGAGCAGGUGUCGGAGUACAACGUGACGGUGCGGGAGAUCAAGUUACCGAAAGCGGCGGGCAAGUUACCUCUCAGCUUUCCCCAAGGCUGGAAGGUUCUGUUGCAGGCGUAA